AUGCCUUCAACAGAAGACGAGUCGUCGCUCACCAUCCUCAGUCUCGCCGAGCCGCUGCUUGCUGCCCAUGACAGUGCCGACCGACUGACCAGGUCUGCCCUCGACGCCGAGCUCGAGCACUACAAGGACCUUUUCUCCAAACUGCGCUUCUCAUACGUCGAACAAGUCACCAAGGAGCGCUUCCUCAAAGCCAUCGUCGCACAUCCUCCAGACCUGGUCGAUGCUGCCGAAAACGCUCGCUUGGAAGACCAUCUAGCCCAGGCAAAGGCCGCUCUCAAGGCAAAGAAACAUCACACAAACCAGACUGUGCACGAGCUGCAACAACUAGCCACUCGGCUGGCACAAUCCCACGAAUUGAUCCAACUUCAAACCACCCAGCUGCACUCGUUGCCGAACGAUAUCCAGAACCUCGAUGCCACCAUCGCAAACCUCAAAGCCGCCCAGGACACGCCCUCUGACCUCCCCAUGCUGAAUCUGCCUCUCCACUCUACAACAUCUCUCCUGUCCGACAAGCACUCCGAACUCGCCCGUCUCGAUCGUGACCUCGCCGACCUGCAAUCCACCCUGCCCGACAAGAAACGCCGUGUUGCCUCUCUCAAGGCCGAUCUAGAGCCUAUACAAUCUCGCAAGCGCUCUGCCAUCAGUGAUGCUCAGGAGGUUCAGAAGAAGCGGGGCCAGCAUGCUCUUGCUCAAGACCUUGACGAGAGGGGAAAGUGGCUGAAGUCGGUUGACACUGCACUUCAUCUGAUGUUGCUCGUCUGA